UUUUUGGAUAUCAAACGGACCUCCCCAGAAGGUAAUUUGAAUGUGGCCGAUUUCCCCUCUUUUGCAAUCAGUUUCGCUACAGUACCCGCUGCUCUAACUAAUUGUCCACCCUUUCCAAGUGUUCUUUCUAUAAAAACCCCUUCCCAAACUGUACAAGCUUCUUCCAAAGCAUACGGCUUUCUGGAUGUAGAUGAUGAUAUCUAUACAGACGGAUCUUAUAUAUAUCGUACAAUGAAGUACCACACGGGUGGAUAUCCAUAUGAAUCCAAAUCUGCCGAAUCACUCAUGGCCUUCGCGGCCGUGAGCGUCCCUCAAAAAAACUCGUUCCUUCCCUUCGUCUCAUUUCGCCUCGGUCUCUUGUCUUGUCUUCGCGUAGCUUCCUUCUCUUCGGUUCGCACAGGAAAGAGAGAGAAGGAGUGUAAUCCAUUUCAAACCGGAUUCCUAACCCCCUUCCGCAACUGGCUGGAGGAACUGAUCUUUUCUUCGUCACAAGUGUGCUUGGAAUCUCAGUUUUUUGAUAAGGAAAUGGCUCUUAGCCGACUUCUUUCACAUCCACCGCACCGCUUGUUGCAUAUGUAG